GGCCGAGUUGGCGGCUGGACGAGGACGCUCAGAGCCCAGCUCUCGAGAGUUCAAGCAACCGACGGUUCCCCACUGCUCCCAGGAGCGGUUACCUGGGCACUCUGUGCCCCUCCUUCCUGUUCGGGCCCAGGCCGAGGACCUGCCAGUAGGGCUCAGUUGCCUGGAGCCCGUUCAGCCCAUCCCCCAGUUCACUUUGCUUGUGGGAUCUCCCCGUUGCUCCUGCCCGUGGACUGAGUGGCAGGCCAUCCUACAAGCACCCGGACACUUGACAUCAGUGGUGUCAAGACAACUCUAAGAAGGUUUUCCGUGAUCCUGCAAGCCCUGCGUUCCUUCCUGGGAUCCUGCCUUCAAUUUGAUUGCACAGGUACCACAGCAAGCCAGUGCUGUGUGCUCUGAGUUCCAGGGCGUCCUCCAGCUCAGCCACUGCACUGAGAACAUGGACUCUCUGUGGGGCCCAGGAGCCGGGAGUCACCCCUUUGGGGUCCACAACACCCGGCUGUCCCCAGACUUGUGUCCAGGGAAGAUAGUGUUGAGGGCCCUCAAGGAGAGCGGGGCAGGGAUACCUGAGCAGGACAAGGACCCUAGAGUCCAAGAGAAUCCUGGUGAUCAGAGAAGGGUCCCCGAGGUCACCGGGGAUGCACGGUCUGCAUUUCGGCCCCUGCGGGACAAUGGAGGCCUCUCUCCCUUUGUGCCCAGGCCCGGGCCUCUGCAGACAGACCUCCAUGCCCAGAGGUCAGAAAUCAGAUAUAAGCAGACAUCCCAGACCUCCUGGACGAGCUCCUGCACCAACCGAAAUGCCAUCUCCAGCUCCUACAGCUCCACGGGAGGCUUGCCGGGGCUAAAGCGGAGGAGGGGGCCAGCCUCAUCCCACUGCCAGCUGACCCUCAGUUCCUCAAAGACAGACCCAGGGUGCAUGCCCAUCUCCAGCCCAGGGCAGCUCCCCUGUAAGCUGGGUGAGCUACUGAAGCCAAGGUGGGAGGCAGCUGACAACACCACCCACGGCCCAUGUGGAGGUGGUAGAAAGGCUGGACUCAGCAGGAACACCAAAUCCCGGACCAGGCAGAAACCACCCAAGACUGAGGGGCUCGUGCCAGAGCGGUGGCCACAGAGGACCGAAGCAGAGGGUGCUGUUUCAACGCCACCACCAGGAGAGAGGCAGAGGGGCUGUGCCGUGCUAGAGUCCUCAGGGAGGGAGUGACCUCGACCCUGGCUGUGCUGCAAGCUGACUCCAGCCUUGGGGUCAGCAGCACCCGGUGAACAGCAGCAGGAGGAGCCGCUAGAGCAGCUGCUCAUGGGCAGAGCAGCCCUUGGGCAACUCCUGCCACCACCCCCUCCCCAGGGAGCCCAAGGCAGGGGAGGCUCAGCAUGGAAUGAAACAGGGGAGUGAGGGACACAAGGAGGUGGGAAGUGGGAGGGUCCCAGCCCCACCAAGUACGCAGAGACCCCCUCGUCGUCCUGGACAUCACAGGGACACCUGCAGGCUGGGAGACCAGGUCCUCUGUGCAUGGGCCCGGGAGGCAGACCUGCCCUAAGGGUGAUGCAGAGGCCACAGGUGCUGCACGCACCAGCACCCACUCUAGACAUCAGCCUCCAGGUUGACUAAGGGUCAGGUCAUGUUUGAAACCAUGCUUGGCUGGACCAGGACCCAUGGCAAGAGCACCUGGGCACCAGUGUUUAGCCCUGGUCUGCAGGAAGGAGGACAGCAGACUUUAGGACCCCACAGCACGGCAGUGCUGACCAUUUCACCCACUUGGCCUCCUUGAGGAAUAGGGAUGGGGAGCCCUCUGGGGAUGAGCAAGGCCUUCCAGGACAGGCUCGGUUCUGGUCCCCUGCUUUUUGAGGUUGGGUUAAAAUGCCGACCAUGGCAGAGGGGUCACAGCUCAGGUUCCCACACCUCACUUUUCACAGCCUCCGAGGGCAGCAGUGCACAUGGAGGAGACGUCUCCCACGAGGCCAAGGCCUCCAGUGCUCACCGAUGCCCUCUGCGAAGGUGGGGUAGAACUCGUCAGUGAAGAGGGGCUCGGGCAGCUCACGGAGGUACAGCUUCAGCGUGCCUGCGAUGGCGUUCACGUCCGUCUCGCUCAUCAUCACCGACAUGUCCUUGUUAUCUGGAAAGAGCACGGAAAUGCAGCAGCCUCCUUGAAGAUCCUGAUAAAUGAAGAAAAGACACAGAGAAGGAUGUGACAUGCCUGGGCCAUGGAGCACUCUGAGAUCUCAUCGCGGACACCACUGCCCACACCUCCAUUCCGUCCUGCGCAGGCCGACACUCACUGGCGUCGAAGGCUGCCUUCAGUGCCUGGAUGUCUGCGGCCACACCGGCCGGACACGCGGUAGAUGCCCACCUCCUCCAUGCCUCGGCGCUCGAUCUCCUCCACGCACUGGCGCACGAUGUAGGGCACCUUGGACCUCUCUCUCCUGCAGGAGGAGGGAAUGCUCUCAGUGUCCUAACAGCCCUGCUUGGGCCAGAACACAGGAGACCUGCUCCCUAUCUGCACACCCGGAGGUGGGGUGAGGACGGUGACGAAGGUACCCAGGUCUGGGGCUGCACACAGAGCCUUCUGCAUGCCUGUCCUCCCUCUGCAAGCUCUGUCCUCAUUGCAUGUACUUUCUCAGGAACCUUUCAAGCGGCCAGAACCCCUGCAAAUCACACAUGACCUUUGCGGGAAGGUCAGGAGGCCUGUCUAAGUCAAGUCAGCACGGGAAGGGCAUCUGACAGAUUCCAGGCCUGGGGUUAGCAGCCUGUGCCCCCGGCUGGGAGAUCAGACCCGGUGUUGGUCCUGCCACCCACGUGCUGUGUGAGAGGAGAAUCCCUGACCCCUGCCCUGGGCCUGGGCCUUAACACACAUCCGACGAAUGAAUGAAGGGUUGCCUCAGCACCGGUGCUCCAAGUCCUGUGAUGCUAAGUGCUUUUCUCCUCCGAGUCUUAGCAAUGGACAAUUCCAAUACCUCCACACAGGACACUAGAGUAAGAAUCCUUCACAGUUAGAACGCAGUGCUGUGCGGAGGCCUUAACUUGAGUUCUGUUUUGCACCUGGAUUUACCAGCACAUCAAAGCUGCUUCGCAAGCCCCCUCAUUAGCAGGGCUUAUCUGGGGGAGCUGCUGAUGGAGUCCUCGCUGCUCAUGCCCACAGCCCUCCCAGAGUGCUAUGCGAGUGGCUGCCGUGCAGUUGGGGGUGGGGUGUGGUGUUUAGACACAGAUGGGAGUCCAGGGUAUGACUGAUGGAGGCCCCGGCCCACGUGACCAGCAAGGUCAGAGGCCCAGCCAGAUUCCAUCCUGGGGAAGCAAAUGAAUUCUCAGAGGAAGUGGUCUGUGUCUGCAUGAACUGCUCUCAAACCAACAAACAGGCUUCUCUUGGCAACUGACUCAUGACAAAGGAUUCAAGAUUGUUUGAAAAAAAAAAAAGGGAGCAGGGAGGCAGAAAGUCCUGGAAAAGUAAAUUGUUUAUUUUACAAUAAGAAAGUGAUUACAUAUUUUUUUUUUACAAUGGUGGAAAAUUAGAAGUCAUUGUGAAAAUGAUGUCUACCCACCUUGCUGAUGAGUAGGAUGUGAUUUGGCUCUUUAGGAAACUGAAUUUGCAGAACUUAAGAAUAUUGAUUUAUAAAGGGCAUGGCCAUUGACCCAGUCCAUCUUAUGCAAAUCUGGAUGCCAUAAAUAAUAUUCAAAAAUGAAAGUAUUGGGGUGGAGGUUGCAGUGAGCAGAGAUUGCCCCCGCUACACUCCAGCCUGGUCGACACAGUGAACUCUGUCUCAAAAAAAAAAAAAAAAGAAAAGAAAGAAGAAGCCAUUCCCAACGUUGCUCAUCAAAUUAUGACCAUAAAUUUCCAGGAUCAGAGUAACGGCUAAAGAGACUGAUGCAUCAACACCAGGCAGAGAAUAAAGCAGAUUUUUUUGUUGUUGUUCUGGAGAGCUUCUAGGAACUUGAAAAAUACAUAUGCCACACUCUUAAGACCCGGUGGUUCUUAAUCAGGGAUGUUCAUUAAAAUGCUGGAAAACUGUAAAGACUUCCAGGUCCCAUCCAAGGAGAUUUUGCUUCUGAUUGACUGGCUAGUGGCCUGGCCAUUGGUAUUUUGAAAAAUCCCUCCAAGUGAUUCUUUUACAUCCCAGAUAGAAAACCCUAAAUUAAAGGUGAAAAAACCAGACACCAAGUGGCAUUUAAAUAAAUGUCAACUUUAACUCCACAAAGCAUCUGGUUGCAUGUGGACAGAAAGAGAAGGAAAGAGGGCCCUAUAUCUGGAUAACUUGGAAAUGUGCUCCCCCUAGCAAGAUAUCUACCAAAAUUAAAACCAUAUUUGAGGAUGCUGGCA